AUGCUGUCUGAACAAGGGAAGCAGUCGUUCGAUCCCUCUGCUUCCUUUCGUCAGUCCGACUACAGCCCUACCCUGCUGCAACAGCAACAACAACAACAACAGCAGCAGCACUUUGCAUCUGGUCAACAACAGCAUCAGAAACAGCAACCAUCGCAGCAGCAACAUUUUCAGCGCGCUGCCCGCCCAGCCUCGGAAAUCCUCCCCCAGAACCACCAGCACCCUUUUCUCGCCAACAAUUUUCAGUCGCCUGAAGCUGAAGCAAUUGACAAAUGGUUCGAGGACUUAUCCCACUAUGAGCAGACACUUGAGGAGAUGGCUGUAGUCUCUUUGGAUACAGUUUUCAAGGACGAACUCUCGACAAUCGAGUCAUGGUUUAGGGUCUUGUCAGAAGCAGAGAGGACAGCUGCGCUUUACUCACUCCUUCAGCAUUCUUCCCAGGUCCAGAUCCGGUUCUUUAUCACGGUGCUGCAGCAAAUGGCGAAGAAGGACCCUGUCGGGGCACUUUUGGCCCCCAAUGAAAAGGAUCCUGUCCAGAAUCAAUUGCAUGGCGCCAUGGCUAAGGCCGAGAUGGAGGCUAGCCAAAGGCUCUUGAAUGUGCUCCCGAUCCAGCCCCCGGCAUCGCUCGACAGACCCGUUGUUCAUCGUCGGCUCUAUGAUCGCCACUCUGUCACUAUUGGAGAGAGCGAUGAAUACAGCAGGUUGUUCCGCAGGGAUGGUAAGAGGAAUAGCAUCGAUUUCCUAGGCCGUACCAACAAUAGCAACACAAGCAGUAACAGUGGCAACACCGGCAAUAACAACAAGUUCAGCAGUAACAUAAACGGGACCGUCAACAACAGCGGCAACAAUGCACUCCCUAAUGGUCAUGUCAAUGGCAUGAUUGGCAGCGGCGUACUGUCCGAGUCGAUCGCUGCGCGCGUGAACCAGUAUAACAAGCCAGGGCAGGGAUCUCUCAACCGCAUCAGCACGCCCAAUGUCUUUAGCAACCGCCCAAAAUCAGUCCACGAGGGCGACACUUCGUCUAUGUUCACUUCCAGCUGGAACUUCGCGUCGCUUGGCGCCAACCCCAUCACCAGCGGCAACAAUAAUGGGGGUAGUGCCGCCACCGGCUCGACUUCAUCAGGAUCGCCAGGCAAUAUCGGAGACAGAACCUCAUACGGACGUCCUAAAUCUGUUGGUGGGGCGGAAUGGAUGCUGAGUGGUGCCUCUGGCAACCAUCGAACCGCUGCGACCGAGGGACUCGAAAAGCCAUGGACGCCGCUGAUGAUGUCGCCACCGAACAUGGGAGGCUUCCACAACGGCACGAACGGAACAGGACAUAACCUGACCGCUGGCGGAUACUCGAGCUCUGGCUUGGCUGUUGAGCGGCCCAAGUCUGUGACCGAAGCGGAUCUGGCGCAGCUGAACAUCUCUCAGUGGAUGCAUAACAACACGAAUACAAGCGGCAAUGGCGGGCCGAGGACUUCGACUCUUGAAGAAUUGAAGGCGAAUAACCGCCGCAGGACGUUGCUUCGCCCGAGUGCCAUCAUCUCGAACGUCCCGGUGACCGUGAUGGAGGGUGACGAGAAGUUAUUGAGUGCGAGCGCCAACACAUCUUCGAUUAACAUCGUGUCGACCAUGUUCAACGAGACCUCCGCUUCUGGUUCCGGAUCUGGAUCUGGUUCCACUUCGGACUAUCCAGCUUUAGGAACAACAGCCUCAACAGCAUCGCAGGGCAAUGCUUCAGGCUUCACGUAUGGAGGACCCCAACCAUCUUUGAACUCUUAUUCCCAGCAACAACAGCAGGCUGUUCAGCAGUUGCAAAAUCUAUCCCUAGAUCCUUCGGCCUCCGCACGCUCUUCUCAGCAGCAACAGCAGCAACAGCAACCAAGAUCGCGGGCAGCUUCGCCAUUCACGUCACCUCUUCCUUCGCCCAUCAAAUCUGGAUUUCGCUCUCGGCCGGUUUCGGGAUCGACUUCGCCACGAUUGUCCGCGCAACACUCUGCUUGGGCAACUGGUGGAAACAACAGCAAUUUUGGACUGGAUGGCAGCGCCAUCGUGCCCAUGGACUACAACCAAAAGAGACAUCUAUCCCCACCCACGCUCCAGCGUUCGCUCCACCACCACUCGUCACUGGAUGACGAUUAUCUGAGCGACACGAGUGAUAUUUCGAGCCUUGGCAUGAACAGCCACCACGGACGAGGUGGAUCUGCCGCCAAGGAAAAAAAACAACCCGAGGGCGUUGAUUUUGAGCUCUUGCAAGAUACCCCAGCAUGGCUGCGAUCAUUAAGACUUCACAAGUACAACAGCAUUUUUGAGGGCAUGCAGUGGCGCGACAUUGUCAACCUGUCGGAUGGCGACCUGAUCAACAAGGGAGUUGCAGCUCUGGGAGCGCGGCGCAAGAUGUUGAAAGUUUUUGAACAGGUUCGAAAGGAGAUGCUUUUGCAGGGCAUGGUUGUUUAA